UUGACAAGAAGAGUUUAAUACAAUAGUUAUAAAAUGUAAAAAAUUAGGACAUAGACUAACUACCGUAUAAGCGUUUCUUUCCUUUUCUUGCCUUUCUUUCUUUACAUAUUUUCUUUUGUAAUUGUUUUUACCAAAACCAUUUAGUGUUUGAUUUUCUUUUACUUUUUUGACAUCCAUAAACCAGCGAACUGAUAAACCGCGGUAAAGCCAAGCCCAAGGACUUCCAUGCUCCUUUCCUAGACUUCAUGAUGCGUAUGAUCGACGUGGGACCCACAUCCAGUCACGUGGAGUACAUCUCCAACCUCAAUGACUCGGACGUUGAGUUCUUCGAAUAUAUUAAGAGCCUGCGAGGAGAAGAAAUGAAAAGAAUCAUCAGAGCUUUGAUGAAACAGUAUAAGGUUGACCCUGGCAUGGAGUGGGACAAGUACGAGAACUACAUGGAAUGCUUCAUGCGGAUAUUCAUCAGCGACGUUUUCAGCGACGAGCAGCGCGAGGAGGGUCAUCACGACUUCAUCGACGUGUACAUGUACUUCAUCACCGCCUUCAACACCAGGGAGGAGAACAUCAGGAAGAAGUUUCAAAGCUUCGCUUACUGGAUCGACCUAAACUAUGACAGGAACGUCUUUAAGGAUGUUAAAGAUGUGGGACUGCUAAAGCGCCACCUAGCGGAUAUGAAAAAGGUCGUGCUCGCCCCUGAGUACCCGCAAGCUGACGAUAUAGGGGAGGCGUCAAAUAGCAUGGUGUAUAACCUCCUGAAAACUGUAAGUGACGGUUCGUUGAUCGGUGAGAUUUAUAACGAGAUUAUGGACUUCGCACUUCAUUUAUCUGUCAAGAAAAGCGGCUCAAAAGCUGCCAAAGAUAUCUUUGAGACGAUUGGAUAUUUCUUUUUCCAUCUAAAUAAAGACGAUCUUAAGAAGAACAACAAACUGUUUGAGGGGCUUGUAGUCAAGCUCACACAUCUAUUGGACAACAUUGGCGAUGAGACCUUCCUGGCCAUCUUCUUUGCCUGGCCUGUCGUUGACCACGUGUUGUGCACAGCCAUGGGCACAUCACGUGACCACGUUGUCCUUUGGAUAGAGAUGAUGAAAGCACUGAUCAAGCAUCCAACAGAGAACUGCAUGAAGGCAGCUUAUGAGGCCAUAACUGACAAAGAAAAACUCCUGAAGUGGAAGGACUACCCGGGUCAAGUAAAGGAAAUCUUUGCCAUACUGAGCAAGGUAACAGUUCCAGAGUGGGUGCAGGGCGAGGACAAGAAAAAAACAUUUGAAUACUUCAAAGACUUUGCAAAUUGCUUUCUAGAGGGAGUCAACAAAGCCAAGCUUCAAAAGGACAUCAGAGAAGACAUGGUCUUCUUUGUCUUCCAUUGCAUAGAAUUGAAGGAUGUACCGCUAUACGCUGUAGCUUGUGAGGUGACAUCGAAACUGGAGUUUAACGGCAAGACCGACAAGGACUUGCUUAUGAAGAUCAUCCGUUUCCUUAACAGAAUUUUAUCAGAUGAGACUUAUGGCUGGCUUCAAGAAGAUAUAGCGUACGAACUGCCCAAUACAGUACAAAGACUGGCACAGUGUGUCGACAAGUUCAAGGAUGGAAAGACAUUUUCCUGGGAGGAGCUGGACGACAUGGUCAGCCUGUGUCUGCGAUGCCAGCAGGGGGCCUUCGUGCGUGACGACGACAGCCUGACAGCCUACUACUACGUCUACAUGACCGUCUCUGGUCAGCUGUACCAGUGGCUGGACACAAUGAAUGAAAUACACCGAGCCAAGAAGCUGAUACCCUGGGUGAUCGACAUGCUGGGAUCGGACAACGAUACGGUCAGAGACAUGGGCGGUACCAGAUCUCGAUGACCACUCGCUCAGGGACCGUCGGUGGGCCUUAUCUGGUGCGACUGAUACAGAUUUUCCUCGAGACAGAGUCCGACAGCAUCUUGUAUGCCAUCAGCAACGUCUACGAGCAAAACCCCGGAGCCUGACGCCCUACUUCCAAGAGCUGUUUGAGCAUAUGGACAGCGGUAACUCUUCGGUCAAGUCCUACAUGAAGAUGCUUCUACAGAAGGUGGCCAAGUAUCAA